AUGUCGGGAGGUGGCCGGCCGCAGGCCGCGCAGCAGAUCGUGCAAUCGGUGCAGAAGUGCGUUCCGCUGGCCCCGGAGCGUCCGCCCUUCGCCGUCCCCGCCGAAUACCACCGGUUCCCCUUGCCGCCGUCCUCCUCCGCCCCGGCAGCAGCGUCCCGGGGCAGCGCUGGCGGCGAUGUCGAGGAGGGGAUCGUCAUCAGGAUGCCCCUAAAAAGAAAAGCUCCAUGUGGAGAAAGUGAUGCCAUUGAGUCAACUGAAUGGAUGAUAACCAGCCCUGGGUUUACUGAAGGAGUUAGCAGUCCACAUAUGACCCCUGUCUCUGGAAAAGCUGCUAGGACAUACAAAUCAAAGGCUAAAGGCAGCAAAGAUGGACUGCAGACCCCUAUAUCAAAUGCUGGUUCACCUGGUACUCCACUCACUCCUGGUUCUUCCCGCGCUGAACAUUCAUUAGGGGAAUUGACUAAAAAGUUCAUCAGUUUGCUCAAGCAGGCUGAAGAUGGCAUUUUAGAUUUGAAUCAUGUUGCAGAGAUAUUAGUGGUUAAAAAAAGACGCAUAUACGACAUUACAAAUGUCCUUGAAGGAAUUGGGCUGUUAGAAAAGAAGCUUAAGAACAGAAUCCGUUGGAGGGGUUUGGAUGACUCAGGAGCUAACUUAGACAAUGAAAUUUCAGUUUUGGAGACAGAACUUGAAAAUCUUAAACUCCAAGAAAAAGCAUUGGAUAAUCGUAUAAGUGAAAUGCAUGAAAAGGUGAGGGAGUUAACUGAAGAAGAGAACAAUCAGAGGUGGCUAUACCUUACCGAGGAUGACAUCAAGGGAUUGCCCUGCUUUCAGAAUGAAACACUAAUCGCGAUAAAAGCACCUCAUGGCACUACACUGGAAGUACCAGAUCCUGAUGAGGCUGGUGAUUAUGUCCAAAGGAGAUACACAAUCGUAAUAAGGAGUACAAUGGGUUCCAUCGAUCUUUACCUGGUUAGUAAAUUUGAGGAAAACAUGGAAGAGCUGGUUGGUGUCACAACGCCUCCAAGGCAUGCAAAUGUGGCCGAACCUGCCUCCACAGACGGAUUCAUAGCAACAGAAGCUGGACAAAGCAGCAGAUCAAAGGACAAGUUGCCGAAUAUUCAGCAUAUCCACAAAACUCCAGAUCUAAAUGCUCAAAACUUUGGCGGGAUGGCAAAGAUAACUCCAGAAUUUGAUGUUGAUGCUGACUACUACCUUCUCACUGACGGUGAUGCCAGCAGCAUUACAGAUAUGUGGAGAACAGCACCAGAAGUGCAGUGGGAUCAGUUCUUAGCUGAAGAGGCAACCGCCCCUCGCACACCCCAGCAACAGCCAGCAGUUGUCAGCAAAUCUACAGCUGUAGGCCCAACCUGUGGAUAG